UUUCAUCUGGUCAAUCAAAUAAAAAAUCAUUUCUAUAGACAUUGAUUUUCAAGACGGUGCUCAGUUUGUACUGUGAUAGAUUUUCAAAAAUUUGGAAUUUCUGUUGAUAAUCGCUCGUUAAAUAAUUUCACAUUUUACCGUAAUAACUCAUGAAACAAUACCCGUUUUCGAGGACUCUAAAAAAACAUUUCGAUUACGUCUUUAUUGCGAGGCGCACAAUUUAAUGUGAAUAGAAACUACUUAAAGAAUAAAUAAUCCUCGAAUAUUCUCGAAUUGUAAACAUAAAUUCAAUGGAAUGAGAUUAGGAAUAAAUAUGAUUAUUAAAUUAUCUUAGCAACGGCAGCUGUCUUUACAAAAUGACAAUUGCAGAACAUCAGUUGAAUGGAUAUUCAUGAUAAAACCUUCCAUUCGUAUUCUGCCGACUCCAUAGAAGACGAUAACACUUUGGAUUACACAAGACUAUUGGGCUUCGGUGACCACAAAUGCCAAAUAAUUAAGUUGGUACGACAUCAAAUUAGAGGAGUGGAUAAACGUGUAAAGCUAUAUUUGGUCGAUGUAAAAUGGUGCAAUUCUUACACUGGAUGUUUGUACAGAUAUAGAUAUAUGCUUUUGGGAAUACUAUGCACACUAAUAUUAUUAUACUUUGCUCUAAUUUAUGGAGCUGUGAUGGGUUCUACAUUAUGCGUAAAAAGCACAAAAGGAAAUUGCUGCAAGGUUGGAUAUCUUCCAGGACUUAAAUAUGUACCUAAUGAAUAUAAUACAUAUUAAUAAUAAAAUAUUAUUUUAAUA